AUGGCAAAAGAUACUCAUUCUCUCUGCCUUGACCUCACUGUCAAAUCUCAGUCGGGACCUGGACAUCCUUGGUAUAAAGUGCAGGGCUCAGUGGAUAAAAAGCCUGUCUUUCAGUAUGACAGUGACAGCAGCAAGGUGAAACCUUCGGGUCUUCUGGGGGACAAGGUAAAUGCCACCAAAGCAUGGACAGAAUUGACCCAGACUCUGGAAGAGGUCGGGCAAGAGCUCAGAAUGAUCGUGUCUGACGUCAAACUGGAGAACAGCAUGACCAGGGGUCCUCCCACCCUGCACGUCCAGCUGUGUUGUCAGUGUGAAGGAGAACAAGGCACCGCUGCGUCCUGGCAUUUCAACAUCAACGGACAGCCAGCCCUCCUCUUUGAUGCGAUGAACAGGACCUGGACAGUCAUAAAUCCUGAAGCCAGAGCCAUCAAGGAGGAGUGGGAGAACAAGGGACUGGCAAACAAUUUCAGGAGGAUCUCCAUGGGAGACUGCCAUCACUGGCUUAGGGAAUUCUUAGACCACUGGCAGAAAGUGCUGGAACCCUCAGUACCACCAGUAAAUGUUCCAGAAGCUGACCAGUCUUCAUCCACGCUGUCACUUGCAUGGAUCAUCCUAGGAGUGAUUUUCAUCAGCCUAAUCAUAAUUGUCAUCUGCAUCAGCAUCUAUAGAAAAUUGAAUAAGUUAAUGCUAAGCAGAAGCCACAGGUCCACUGUGCUGCCUUCCUCAGGGGCACAUGGGAGAAGAAUAUGGCACAAACAAGUCAGCUGCAAGAAAGAGGGAGCAGGGGGUGACAGCUCGGAGAGACUGUCACCCUGAACACCUCCGCAUUCCCAUACUUAUUGGAGAAGUGACAAUCAAUCAAUAGAAGACUUCAAGAUUGUUUUGGUAUUUAUGAGAAAAGCAACAUGCUUAGGCAUGAACUUAAGUGUUAAUCAGGCAUAAUCAAUGAGCCUUAUCAGAUCCAGUUAUCUCUGAGGACACUGAGGAGUCAACAACACAAAAGAAGCUGGCAGCGGUCCAUCCUGAGGGGCGGGCGUUCCCAUCUGUUUGGCUGUUUUCCCAAGGACACGUCACAAUGUGUAUUUUUCUUAGAGCUAUAUUCAUC